AAAAAUGACCAAAGAGUGCUUCGGAGCGGGGCUUCUGUAGUCGAUUCCGAAAAUCUUUCUAGCGAAUAGCCCUGUAUUCAACUACAGUACCCACACGUCACUGUCAGUCAUACUCGAGAGCGUUGGUUAGCCAGGGAUAUCACACCACUGUCUAUCUCACUCUCUCCCUGUAUCAACGCAUUGACAUAGCUAGUAGAAGACAAUAAAAAAUAAAACAUUUCAAGCCGAAGAUGGCAGAGCUUGGAGCGGGGAGCCUGCUGUUGGGGGAUCCUGCUUUUAAUUACCAAGAGGCCGAGCUAAAUGAGCGAUUGAAGCGGCUCUACCCGGCCGUAAAUGAGGAUGAGACCCCCUUACCCCGAUCAUGGAGCCCCAAGGAUAAAUACAGCUACAUCGGGCUCUCACAGAACAAUCUGCGAGUACAUUACAAAGGUCAUGGGAAGAAUCACAAGGAUGCCGCGUCUGUGCGUGCCACUCAUCCCAUACCAGCCGCCUGUGGGAUCUACUACUUUGAAGUGAAGAUUGUCAGCAAGGGCAGGGAUGGGUACAUGGGGAUUGGUCUGUCUGCCCAGGGGGUCAACAUGAACAGACUGCCUGGUUGGGACAAGCACUCGUAUGGUUACCACGGUGACGACGGACACUCCUUCUGCUCUUCAGGGACUGGCCAACCAUAUGGCCCAACCUUCACCACUGGAGAUGUGAUUGGCUGCUGUGUGAACCUAAUUAACAACACCUGUUUCUACACCAAGAAUGGCAUCAGUCUAGGUGUAGCUUUUACAGACCUCCCUCCAAACCUGUACCCCACAGUGGGCUUGCAGACUCCUGGAGAGAUUGUGGAUGCUAACUUUGGCCAGCAGCCCUUUGUGUUUGACAUUGAGGACUAUAUGAGUGAAUGGAGGGCUAAGAUCCAUGGCAUGAUCGCUCGCUUCCCCAUCGGCGAGAGACUCGGGGAGUGGCAGGCAGUGCUGCAGAAUAUGGUAUCCACCUACCUGGUGCAUCAUGGGUACUGUGCUACGGCCACAGCCUUCGCCAGGGCUACAGAGACCUUGAUCCAGGAGGACCAGACCUCCAUAAAGAACCGGCAGAGAAUACAGAAGCUGGUAUUGGCAGGGCGGGUUGGAGAGGCCAUCGAAGCCACACAACAGCUGUACCCUGGACUUCUAGAACACAACCCCAAUCUACUCUUCAUGUUGAAGUGUCGGCAGUUUGUGGAGAUGGUGAACGGUACAGACAGUGAGGUACGAUGCUUUAGUGUCCGCUCCCCCAAGUCCCAGGACAGCUACCCUGGCUCCCCCAGCCUGAGCCCCCGACAUGGAGCCACCAACCCCAAUCUGCACAGUGCAGGAGCAGACAGCCCCACAUGCAGUAACGGGGUCACCCCUCCCAACAAGAACAAGAGCCACAACAAGUAUCCAGGCGUCAGCUCUGCCUCCUCCUCCUCUUCUUCCUCCCCUUCCUCUGUCAAUUACUCCGAGUCCAACUCCACGGACUCCACCAAGUCCCAGCCUCACAGUGGCACCAGCAACCAGGAGGAGACCAGGUGUGUGGCAAGUGACAGUGAGAUGGAGAUUGAGGCUGAGCACUACACUAACGGGGUGGCAGAGAACCCCUCUGCUCGGAUCAUGAAUGGGACCUACAAGCACCAGGAAAUCCUGCAGGCUCAGGACAUCAGCCUGGGCAACGGAGUGGCAGAGGAUAGCUGUGCCUCCAGACAGCUGUGUGGAGGGAACCAGGCAGCCACAGAGAGGAUGAUCCAAUUUGGCCGUGAACUGCAGGGCCUCAACGAGCAGCUGUGCCGUGAAUACGGCAAGAACGUCACACACAAGAAGAUGCUGCAGGAUGCGUUCAGUUUAUUAGCAUAUUCGGAUCCCUGGAACUGCCCAGUGGGGCAACAGCUAGACCCAAUGCAGAGAGAGAAUAUCUGCUCUGCUCUUAACAGCGCCAUCUUGGAGUCUCAGAACUUGCCUAAGCAGCCCCCUCUGAUGCUUGCUCUGGGUCAGGCCACAGAGUGUGUCCAGCUCAUGGCCAGGGUCCGCUCAGGGUCCUGUUCCUUCGCCAGAGUAGACAACUUUUUGCACUAGCCCCAGUCCAGGCAAUGUUCAGGACUGCUAAGAAGAGGUCUUUCCAAUGGGUUGCCAGAUGACUGAGGAAAGCAUGUGUUUGAAUUGGUGUGUCGCUUGCCAUUUGGCAGAAGCAGAUGGACAGGGGAAUGAGUAGAACAUGACAAGAAAGCUUAUUUUUAAUUUAGUAUUAUCAAAUACAAAAUGUGUGACUCUAUUUAAAGAAUUCAUUAUUAUUCUGUUUAUCUAGUCAUUUUAUAGGUUUUAUUUAGUCAGUAUGUUGUGCUCAUCUUGGAAGGAAAAAAAUCUAAUUCCGUUUUUGUUUUUGAGUGGAUUUCAAUACCCUACACAGUAUUUUAAAGAUGUUCAUCAUAUCAAAGAAAUUCACAUUGGCAUGCUUUGUCGUUACCAAGCAAGAUACUCUGGUUUCUUUCAUUCAGAACUCAGGUAUUCACAGCAUAUUUGUCAUCUCAGUAUGGGAUAUUGUAGACAGAGAGAGGUUUACCCAGCUGUACAGUGGCUCCAAUUUAGGACCUGCAUUUUUUGGUUCAAAUUCUUACUACUUAGUAUGACUUAACUCCAGAAGCUCAUUUAAUUUAAAGUUCAAGGUCUGAAUUGGCUUGUGAGAGUACACAUGGCUGUAAGCCACUAACCUGCUGGUCACCUCAGAGCCCCACACAGCAGCAUUCACCUCACAUCACAUAAUGAUGACACUGAUUCAUUUGUGAGUUUCAAUAUAAGUGUAGUAUAUUUCCAAUCAAGUGUCUCCACUAGUUUGAUUUGUAACCUACAGUAACAAUACACAGACAUACAGUACUGUGGGGAAUUUGGAAAUCACUAUCUGGUUUUUGACUUGCUAAUUAUAUUGAAGAUAUGAAGUCUGACUGUGUGUAUGUGUGUGUGUAUAUAUAUAUAUAUAUAUAUAUAUAUAUAUAUAUAUAUAUAUAUAUAUAUAUAUAUAUAUAUAUAUACACACACACACACACCAUUUAAUGAUAUAUUCAAUAAAAAAGUUAAACUGAUUGCCAAAUACGAGGCUUUUAUUUUGACCUCCCCUUUUUUAAUAACCAAUGGUACUUGCCAUUGGCCACACUUAAUUCACACAGUCAGUCGAUCAGUCUUUUCAUACCACUGCUUUGACAGCCAGCCUAUUAUCAUAUCAUCGCGAACAUGCUUAUUUUUCCGCUUUCUUGCGGUUCUAUUUUUCUCACAACUAAUGUGAAGCUGUCGCGUUAACACAUAAACUCUAAACACAGACUCGGUCACUUUUACAAACAUGUGACCAUAACUUUGUUCGUUUGUUUUUGUUUGUUUAUUAUAGUCACAGUUGAAUAUGUAAUUUUUUUUCUCUCUUUCUUUCAUUACAGUAUGUAUUCUCCUAUUUUUAACAGAUAUUCUCUUGGCACAUGGGACAGUUGUCGAUCAUUGAUGUAUUAACGCAGUAUUUCACCCAGCCAGCAGGAGGCGCUCCACUGUGUUGAAUGUAGUUUAGUAGAUUAUAUUACGUUUGUGCUUCAGAUUUGCUGCUGGCCACCACGAGAUUGAUAUUGACAUCCCCUGUACCUGUAAGACAUAUUGCAAUAUGUUUCAUACAUUUUUUUGACAAUCCUGCAAAGCAAGUUUGUGAUGCAAAGGGGUGGUGGGAGUAGAAAACAUCAGCUUCUGUGUUGUUAGUGUUUGGUAGACUUUAAUAUGUUCACAAAGGCCAUUUUGAUCAAAAAAAUUACACAAUCUUUACAUUUGGACAACAUCUCCUAUCUGCAUAAUGGGCUUAUACCUGCUAAAAUAUAUACAAGAACAAAUACCAAAUACCUUAAUGUGAGGGUCCUCUAUGUGAGGGUCCUCUAUACGGCCUACCCCGGCCAAACCCUAACCCAGACGACGCUGGACCAAUUGUGCGCCGCCCUACAGGAGUCCCAAUCACGGCCGGGGCGGCAGGUAGCCUAGUGGUUAGAGCGUUGGGCCAGGUUGCUGGAUCGACUCCCCGAGCUGACAAGGUAAAAAUCUGUUGUUCUGCCACAGAACAAGGCAGUUAACCCACUGUUCCUAGGCUGUCAUUGUAAAUAAGAAUUUGUUCUUAACUGACUUGCCUAGUUAAAUAAAACAUUUAAAAAUAAAUAUUGUAUUGCAGUAGGAAGCAAAAUACUUGAUGUAUUUAUUUUACCUUUAUUUAACUAGGCAAGUCAGUUAAGAACAAAUUCUUAUUUACAAUGACGGCCUAACCCAGACGACGGUGGGCCAAUUGUGCGCCGCCCUAUGGGAGUCCUAAUCACGGCCGGUUGUGGUACAGCUUGGAAUCGACCGCUGCACCACUCGGGAGCCCUUUAUCCCGAACCUGUUAAAGACUGACAUACUGGGGCACAUCAUCUUUCAAGCAUACCUAUACACACUGUAACCCAUGUUGGAUGGAGGUUUUAGUUGUUUUAAUUCACGUUGCUCAAUUAGUUAAAUCUUUAGGUGGCGGUAUCCAUUCGCAUGGGUUUUCACUAGAGUUUACCGGUAAUUCUGAACAUUCAGUGAUAGACUUUCAAUAUUGGAAGCAGCCAGCAGAUAGAUUUUGAUUAUAUCUUAUGACAUUAUAGCAAAGCCUGUAUCUCUUGAUGGCUUUCAAAAACAGAAAAUGGCUUUUAAACUCCUAUAGCCACCCAAAAUGUAUAUUUCCAUUUUAAGAUCAUUCAUUAUGAAAUAGGUUGACUAAUGUCUAGGUGUGUGUGUAGAAAGAUCGUAAUCUGUCGAGCUUCUCCUGGGACUUUUAUAGACACACCUACACCUACUGUAGCAAACAAUCUCCCUGUUCUCCUUUUAUGUGUUAUGUUUUUCCAUUGGAGCUAUCCAUGCUUCAAAUGGAGAGGCGAAGGGAAUGGAAUUAGGAAUUAAAAACAACAAGCUGUGCACAAUUUACUUCUAUUAUUUUAAUUUCAAAUUGAGUUUUGAGUUUAGCAAUUGUGAAGUGAGUUACCCUCUACUUGGCAUGAAACUUUUAGAACCUUUAAAACUAUAUAUAUUUUGUGUGUGUAUGUGUGUGUAUAUAUAUCUAUAUAUAUACACACACACACACACACACACACAAAAAAAGAGAGAUUAUAAUGAUAAUAAAAAAACAUACCUAUGUACUAGAAACAUGAUAAAGAAAUAUUGUAUUCUGUUUAAUUUUGACAGAAUUAUUUUUAUUAAAAUACACAUCCAUAAGCAUA